UGCGGGCAUAUUCAUUAUUAUUAAUAUCACAGUUACGCCUAAAUCAUCUAUGUACACCUUGCUGUAUUUCAGAUAACCUAAAAGCAGUCAAAAAAAAAAGGGAAUAGUAUUCUCAUAUGAACACAUAAACAAAUUACUAAAAGAUGGGAACAUUUGGUGGACAUGCCCUGCCUGGUACCUUUUUCAUUAUCUAUGCACUAUGGUCUAUAUGGCAUAUACUGGAGAAAUUUUAUAGGCGAAAACUUUAUGAAUUGAAUAGAUCAAAUAAAUUGGUUGCUGAAUUUACAAACAGAAUUUCUUAUCCAAUAGAAAGAAGAACAAAAUAUGAUGAACAUGGUUGCUGGAAAAAGGGAAUACCUCUUGAUUCAAUUGUUAAACUGAUCUGUUGUAUCGGUGGGAUACAGGAGAAAUCAUCACAGGUUUCAAUAAUGAUUGGGUAUUCAUUCAUAUUGGCAAUGCACAACAUUCAAGCAUGUUUUCAUUGUUUGCAUUAGGCGGUCUUAUUGAAUUGUGUAUUUUCUACGGAGUCCUUAAAAUUCCAAUUCAGUCAGAAUUUCUAUUUAAUAUGAUAGCACUAUUUGCGGAAUUAUUUCUCUUCCUAUUUCAUUUACAUGGAAGAAGUUCGUUGGAUGUGUAUCUUCAUCUCCUUCUAUGUGGAAUGAUUGUAUUAGCUAUUGGGAUAUCAUUUGCUGAACUGGUGUCUCCACAUGAACCGAUUUAUGGUUUAGUGCGUAAUUGGACUAUUCUUAUGCAAGGAACGUGGUUUUGGCAAGUUGGAGCAAUUCUCUACCCGAAAUUUUCAUGGAUGCCUACAUGGGAUCAGACUGCUACAGAGAGUAUACCAGCUGCCACAAACUUAUUCGCCUAUCACAUGUUGGCCAAUUUUUUCGCAAUCAUUCUCAUAGCAUUGCUGGUUGCAAUGCACACCAAAAUCGGAUUGAUGAGUGAUGAGACUAUGAAGAGGAACUUGUCGACUGCAGUGGCGGUAACAAUGAGACGAGAAUGUCAGCGAGAUCAUCAUCAAGCACAGACUGACUCGCAACAACAUUUCAUCACUGAUAAUGAUUCUGAAGAGAUUGAGAUGUGGAAUUGUCAUCGCAGUGGUACUCACGCAAAUGCUGAGUCGACAAAUGUACAACGAAAUAUAAAGUGAUUCAGGUGAGGUGAUGAAAAUGAAUCUGUACACUUGAUAAUGACAAUUUGAACUUUAUUCUGAACCUGUUUAUUACCAAGUCUUAAGUCUGUUUUCCACAACAAUUGUUUGACAGUUUUCAUUGUUCAAUAUACUGAUUGAUUUU